AUGUCCGGGUUCGACAUUCGGUCCGAAAAUUCGCAAAUGGUUCUAACUGUUAGUUUGAAAAACCCAGUCUUCAGCUCCGGUGGGUUGUUCUUGGACAGAAGCACGAUUCCUGCGUCAAUUGUCAGUGCAAUAUCUGGUGAAGGUGGCUUCAGUGAUUGCUCGGUGAGCGUGAGGCGGAAGCGGUGGGAAUUUUUGUGUUUGAGCUGCUCAAUUAAGGAGAAAGAUGGAGCGGCGAACAAUAAUUCAUCUGAACGUACCGCAGCGAGUGGUGAAACUGAGAUGGUAAAGGCAGGAAAUAGAAUGCGAGUUAGGUUAAGGGGACGGGGGGCGGUGAAUACCACAAAGCAUUUGUGGGCCGGAGCUGUGGCUGCCAUGGUUUCGAGGACAUGUUUAGCUCCACUUGAGAGGCUAAAGUUGGAGUAUAUAGUCCGUGGUGAGAAGAGGAACCUCUUUGAACUUGUUCAUAAAAUAGCAAAAACUCAAGGCGUAAGAGGCUUUUGGAAGGGAAAUUUUGUUAAUAUACUUCGUACAGCUCCUUUCAAGGCGAUCAAUUUCUGUGCUUAUGAUACAUAUCGAAAGCAGCUACUCAAUUUAUUUGGAAAUGAAGAAACCACUAAUUCCGAGAGAUUGGUUGCUGGUGCUGCCGCUGGUAUUACAGCUACGGUGCUUUGCCUGCCGCUUGAUACUAUCCGAACUAGGCUGGUAGCACCUGGUGGAGAAGCCCUUGGUGGUGUUAUUGGAGCUUUCCAGCAUGUGGUCCGACAUGAGGGGUUUUUUUCUCUUUACAAAGGAUUAUUACCCUCAAUUCUAAGCAUGGCCCCCUCUGGGGCCGUCUUUUACGGCGUGUACGACGCGCUUAAAUCAGCUUACUUGCAUUCACCUGAAGGCAGGAAAAGGAUUCAGAACAUGAAGCAGCAUGAGCUGAAUGCCUUUGAGCAGCUGGAGCUUGGACCUGUCAGAACGCUAUUGCAUGGUGCUAUUGCCGGGGCUUGCGCGGAGGCAGCUACCUACCCGUUUGAGGUCCUUAGGAGGCAACUCCAACUGCAGAGCCGGGGGGCUAAACUGAGUACGGUCGCCACUUGUGUACAGAUAAUUGAGCGGGGUGGGGUCCCUGCCCUUUACGCAGGUCUUAUACCAAGCUUGUUACAGGUACUACCUUCGGCAUCAAUAAGCUUCUUUGUCUACGAGUUCAUGAAGAUAGUUCUUAAAGUGGAAUGA